AUGCACAAUCACCGCUGCAGGACCGACGUCACCCUGGACGUUCUAACCACCAGGUUAGCUUGCAUGCCUCGAAGCUUCUUGGAUGGGGGUAGCUUGCUAUAUUUCUAAACUAGUUGCGUGUUAAGUAAAAUUGCCGGAUUGAUCGAUAUAACAGAGGCGCGUUUUGUAGAUAAGGGGGAACGGUUAGUCUAAUUCCACCAAAUCUAAGACUGACAAGUUUCAAAGCAAAGAAGUUAGAAAACACUCCCGUGGACUUGCCGCUGAAUCAACCUGCUCCCAUACGGGAAAUAAUGGAGCCCAUUUUCAACUUUUAUUCAGAAUUAUGGCAGCUUUUCCCCUAUAUCGCUGUUGCAUAGUGCGUUUGACUAAUUCGAUACCUUGGCUUAGCAGUUGUCUGGUUUUGCUUCUCUGCGUUGUAUAAGCAGGCCUACACCAUUGACUGUCCUAGACAAGCAGCUAUCGCCUGAAACGAUUCACGUUCAAUACUCUAGUAGGGCUGAUAGGCGUGGCGUUCACUACCCACACAAAGUAACGCGAAAUCAGACAGAGACGUCCCCCCGCAUCCAUCACCUAAGAAGACACCCGUCUCUGACCACGUCACCGACUUUUGGGGCAGAGAUACAUUGCCGCUGAGACACAUGUUUCGUCCAACACCCCUCAGCAUCAUGGUGUCGUGUACACAGUCGUUCGCGACGUCACUCCGAACUGGUGCGGUGUUAUUUGCGACAUUUUUUGCGGGCCACCUCAAUUCGGUUCUCCUUGCCCUCAGCUACAUUUGACGACCUAGGCUAUGGCACCUUUUGACUCUCUGUGGUCAGAUAAUGACGGAUGGGCCCGUAUACAUCCGCCAAUUUCGGCGUGGCGAUUGACUUAGCAGUAGGCUGUUAGUCACGCUUCAUCCUAUGACCAGGAGCCCGCCAAGGCUUGCAAUAUGCAGUUAUUGUGGUUACCUGUCUCCGUACUAUCAUCGUAUCUGCAGCUGUCAGUUGGCUUCUCCGUCAUAAUUGUCCCCCUCCACUACCCUUAACCUCUUCCUCCCGUUCUUACAGGCAGGUACGAUGGACCUCAUUUAAACCAUCUGCAUUAUGCAUGGAGGGGUUUUGGCUUUAAUCCUGGGAAUAUCUUUAUUCAACCUAACACACUCUUGUCGCGCAGUCAUCCUCUCAAGCUACGCCGAGGAAUUUGACGGAGUGAUGUCCGCAAAUAUUUCUAAAGUAUCAGGGUAGAUGCAGCGUGGAACGCCCAGUCCACAGAGGCUAUUCACUCCUCGUGUGUGGAUUCAUUCAAGACUAAACUCGUCACGAGUUUAUCUCUUAAAUCUCCCUGACACUCACCUGCACUAGUUCGCUUUUAAAUUUGCAUGUUUCUAUAUUACUCAAAACUAUCAUGUACGAUUUUAAGUUGUAGUUCACAUGUAUCAGCAGGUUGCUUACUUCUUUCAUUCUCUAAUGGAAACAGGGCUACGUCUUAUUUCUUAGUCGUACCUGCUAAGGGUUAGGCUAGGGGUGAGGGUUAAGGGAUUAGGGAUUGGGGUUAGGGGUAAGGGGUUGGGGAUGAGAAGUAGGGGUUAUGGGUUUUGUAAUAGAAUCAUUUGUUUGUCCACUUAUUUAUUUCGAGAUCUUUGUUGGGUGCAGUCAAGUGUACAAUUUGAAAAUCAUACCAACUUCCCGAAUGUUGCAUGCCACUGGUUUAUACGAAAACGUACAAUGCCAAUCAAAUAAAUCUUAUGCGUCCAUCUCAAAACCCGAUAUUAGCAAUAUGCGUGAAAUUAACCAAACUCCUUACCUUUACACAGCCACGACCCUGAGAUGACCUCGCGGACGCUCGAGUCUUGGUGGAUAGGAUGCGGAAUGCAGGCACUUAACACCGUCCAUUUUAGUCCGAACUGGAUAUAACGUUCAUAAUCUAACUGGCCCUCGGUGUCUUUGUUUGUCCCCAACACAUAGAGACCACUUAAAUGCCCAUAUUAUGACCAAUAUAACACAUUGUUCAACAAAGAAGUCACUACGGGUCUGUGCAUACUAGUUUUUAGUAGUUUAGUGCCCUGUGUUAGUUAAUUGAGAACCUCACUAGAACUAGAUCAUUAUGCGCACAAGUCUUAUACAGUGGUACCUUAAAUAACCAAGCUGCUCUCUAAUUAAUGGCAUCCUGCUGAUGAAACUAACCCUUUUUUCUUUUCUGGAAAUUCUUAAUCGGAUGUCCUUUCUUGUCCCAUCAUAUCACUGCUCUCACUGUUUGACCGCUUAGACUGCAUAACUUACAGCAAUUACAGAACAGAGCAAGAAAAUUGGAUGUAUGAAUAACUAAACCCGACGAGAAUUCGAGAAAAGAGGGCUGCAGAAAGCGAUCCUGAAUCCGAAAUGCUGUGCAACUACCUCAGGAGAGAUCCAAAUAGCAGACGACAAGCCCUUUCACUGACGACUAGCGAUGGAGUUAAAACCGCUGAUUGCAGGGAGAAGACUGUACAUUUUUCCAAAGUCUUCCCAAUCAGUCUACCCAAAAAAGGCAGGAUUCCUUCCUCCAUCCUCAGAUGAACUACGGACACCAAGCAUAAGCAAUAUACUCUUUUCAGAUUAUUGCAUCCGAAGAUAAGAAGAGACAUUGCACGAAUCGGAGUGUCCAGUACCAGACAAGAUAUUACAAAGUUUGUCAAAUAACUUGCCAGAGAGCUUUCAAUAUCUCCAUUGAUACACUUUGAAAGGUCAUUUUACACUGAGGCACUGUCUAUCGAUUGGACGCUGGCGAAUAUAAUUUCACUAUGCAAGGGCGGUAGCAGGGGCUUUGAAGACAAAUUACAGACCCAUGAGCUUGGGAUUUAUCCUCAGCAAAACUGUAAUGAGGAUCACGAAGAGCGAUUUGGUGAAAUUCCUAGAAGUUCCCGAAUUGCUGCUGAACUGCGAAAACAAGUUUCGAAAAAGAAGAUCCUGCACGACAAAUCUGCUGCAGUCUCUUCAGAGCAGAACGCGAGCUCCCGGUGACAGCCACAUAGUCCACAUCGCAUUCAUUGACUCCCAAAAGGCGUUCGACACUGCACCACACCAGAGACUAUUAUAAAGUCUUGCGCAAGAGACUUGAAAAGACGCACGACGAGACUCAGUACACACUCAAAAUUGAACACCUCAUGGGGUUGUUCGAAUUCUGCCAACAAAUUUUAUUCACUUUCGUUUUAGAGACCUAUGAGCAAAUCAAGGGAACCGCAAUGGAUCCGUCGGUCUCCGGUUUAAUGGCUGAACUGGUCCUAAAGGAGUUAUAAAAGAUUGCCUUUAGCCGACAUGAACCGGUAUUUUGGCGCCGUUAAGUAGACCACACGUUCGUCGUCGUAGAGAAGUACAUGCAGCAACACUUCAACGGCCCCCCUCGCGAGGGGGCUGUGAAGGGGCUGGAGAAGGCACUAUGGCGGGAAAGAUCCCCGAUGUUGCCCCUUCGUGCACGCUCACCGAAAAAACGCGCGGGGAACACCUCGUAUUUGUCGUUUUUACCCCUCCUUACCGUAUCAGACCGUCUGGCGUUACUGCGUAGCCCGAACCCCUUAUUGUUCGCGUUAUAGUCCAGAUCCCCCCUUUCCUAUACCGAUUUUCCCCGGUAUCCAUGCUAUAUCAUACCUUUAUGCCUUCUUGCGAAUCCCUCAUUGCCUGAGUUCUUUUAUUUUAGUCCAGCCCCCCUUUCAAAAGCCGAUUUCCCCACGAUCGUUAACAGACCUUCACGCAUUACUGCGAAUCGUCCAUCGAUGGGCUCUUGCACGAGUCCAAAAGCUCAGAAAUAUAAACAAAGUGUUCCGGUGCUCGAACCCUAUUUUCCUUCUUCUUCCUGUUUAGUAUUUUCACCAUGGCACUUAACUGCCCUGGGACAAUUAUGCCACGGGCAAACAAAAACUUCUUACGCUGACAAGUCCCCCAGUAGCUAUGUUACCUGUACUAAGGUCGCGUAAUCUUGCUGAAACGCACCAUGAUGUGCAGGAAUCUAUAUACUCAAACGAUGAUGCAAAAUAUUAACCCAUUGACCGAUGUGACUUUUUAUGAGCCACGACCUAGACACCGUUUCAAAAGUUUUUGCGAACAACAUAGAAUAUGCAGAGUCGCGUCAUCGUGUACGGCGGAGCCGGAGGUUUGGGAUCUGCGACCGUGGCCUUUUUGAAAUCUAAGGGUCUUGUAAGACUUUGUUUUUAUCUAACAAUUUCAGUGGGUGUGUUCUGUUGCGUCAAAGCUGAAUGUAGAUGCCGACGCCAAUGUUCUUAUCACUAAUAGAACCUGCCUCGAAGAACAAGACGCCGAAGUGAAAAAGGGUGUAAAGGAGGUUUUAGGCGACGAAUCAGUUGAUGCGAUAUUAUGCGUUGCUGGCGGGUGGGCUGGAGGCAGCUGCUCAACUAAAAGUAACUGUCACACUCUAAGGCUUACUUUCAAGGUUUUAUCAAAAAUGUGGACUGUGUAGUGCGACAGAGCAUUUGGUCCUCUUCCAUCGCUGCAUCUCUGAGCUGCUCCUACUUGCGUCCUGGCGGUACCCUGGUCCUCUCCGGUGCUUUGUCCGCAAUUCAUCCCACACCAGGUUUGUUUGGACCUGCCAUUCCCCACUUAAAUAUUUCUAUUCAUAUCAGUAAAUGUGGACUUGGCACUUUUGCGAAAUUUUCGUACUGGUUCCUAGCCAGUGCCGUCUCCGUCACUUCUGCUUUCUUUUUCCCCCGAAAACCUAACUUAACACAUUAUGUCCUCGUUUGUUUUGGGUUGGAAUUUUUAUAGACUGUACAGGCUUGCCCGCUUAGCGAGCUUACGGCCAUUCUGCUAACUGACACCUUUUUGGCUUCCCGCCUUUACGUUUAGAGCAUAACGUCUUCCCUUUGUUCUCCAGUUUUACCUAUGCAGUGACUGGUCGUGUGGUUGAGUGAUGGGCUGACCUCUUUGUUUCUUAUCAUAUUCGGACUAUUUUGAUACUACGAUACAAAACAUCGACUUUCCGACAAGAGUAUUCUAAUCACGUGCUGUUUCACGACGCCUCGGAAAUUCUCUCUACGCAUUUAAGUAACCAUAAGAGACAAAACUAACUUUGCUUGAUUGUUAUAUCUGCACUUAAUGAGUUACCGGGCACAUUUAAAUACUCUUACAGAAAAGCAAUAUAGCAGACCAAAUUCGACGACACUGUUUUAGACGUAAACAACGUAAUUUAAAUAAUUAUUGAUGCGGUCGUAAAAAAAACAGGACGCGACAACUUUCUUUAUUGUCUAGACAAACAGACCGCUUAGUCUCGCUCAGAACCGUCUUUAGGAUUUUUCCAAGCUUUCAAUUUCGACCGUAAUUUGUUAUCCGACCGUCAGUCAGUUGCCACUUGUUGUACACUCCUUGAUGUAAAGCUGCUCUUCCCUAAAAUCCUCAUACUUUUAUUUUAGGAAUGGUUGCAUAUGGAAUGGCAAAAGCCGCUGUCCACCAUAUGACUCAGAGCCUAGCAGCGAAGGGCAGCGGGAUGCCCCCUGAUGCUUUUGUUGCUGCAAUUUUGCCGUCAGUUUUUGCUGCUAUUUUUCCCUGUUGCCGUUUUUUGAUCUUGAAGCCGUUUUAACUUUUACGAGCCAUGCCGCUUGCACUUAUUGCUAACUCGCCUGCUUUUGGGAAACUAAUAAUAUGGCGUCUUUGCCUGCUGUACAAAUGUAGAUUAGUUUCGCUCCGAUGGCCGUUCCAAGUGUCAGUUUGUGCAGAUUUCUUCCCUUAAUUUUUACCACCGCCCCCUCCCAGAACGAGUAAUUAUGUUCGGAUAGCUUUCCUAGAAAGUCUCCCGGGCAGAAGUGCCCCCGCCUGUACACUGAUGAGAGGACAUUUUCCAGUUCAUUAUUUUGUUACCCACUUCUGCUUGAAAUACUGCUACACAUUUCAUCGACCAAGCUUGUACACCAGGGUUGGGCUGUAGAUCUUACGCUGUUGCUUUGUCGUCUUUCUCAGAUUCUACCAUUAUUCAAAUUUCAGGUCCACUCUUGAUACGCCUAUGAACAGAAAGUGGAUGCCGGAUGCCGACCAUUCCAAAUGGACACCACUAAACGACGUGGCUGAGUAAUUUCCCCAUUUCCUAUACGUCAAGCCAUAUUAGUGGUUUUCCGAGUUUCAGGUUCAAAAUGAUCAGCAUUAUGAGUAUUUCAUGUUCUUUUCAACGAUUGGUUGAUGACAGUGGUCCUAAAGGCUUGUUAAUAUCCCAAUCUAGCAUUUUUUUGCCUUUAAGGAGGAUAUUUGAAGGACUGUUUUGCGGGAUAGAUGAUGCCUACUAACAGUGCAGUAUGCCUGGCCUCCCAUACAAAUAGGCGUUAUUCGGGACCGGGUAAAUGUUUCAAUAAUCGUGUAGGCAAUUGUGCAGGCAGCUUCGUCUAAGCAUAAAAUGAGCCUUUUUCCGGUGUGUGAGAAGGUUUUCUCCUCGCCCCACUUGUCCAAAAUUUUGCUGAGGCCGGCAAUUCCGAAACUUUUUUUCGAAACAUUUGUUUUUUAAUGUGUUGCCAACGGACGCAGGGACGCUGGAACGGCUGUUUUGUAGCUUAUAUACCGUCAUUAAUCAAUAAUAACCUCUUCUGCAGACGGCAAACGUUUUCAAUUCCAAAAAUGAGCGAGAAACGGUCAUUCCAGCGUCCCUGUGUCUGUUGCUAUCACUGCUCACGAAGGUCGUGCACCCUCAGCUACGACGCAAAACAGGAACGUCUAUUUCCGUCCUGGAGUCAUAUAGAUCGGCCUAUAUCACUCACGCGUGACUUGCGAUCGUCUGGAAAGAGUGACAGACGUAUCCAAUCAUGCUGCAGCAUGACCGGAGAGCCUCAUCAGGGAAGGCUAUCAUGACCUUUUUCCCGUAGAAAUUGCACGGAUUUUAGUUGCUAAAGUCGUUUCUAAGCCGUCUUCAAACAUCCCUACACUUGUCGGUUUCUGGAGUCAUAACAGGUCUUAUCAGUCCGUAAAAGGAAGACAACUACCCUGCCGACUCAUCCUGCCAAAAAUCCAGACAAAAAUUAUCAUGUUUUCUGCGCAACCACUAGUGGGGAGCGAAAUGACAUGUAGUCUGUGCAGGCGGUACGGGUGCCCAUGGUCGAAAGGAAUCCUACGCGCGCCGUGAGUGCAUGAAAUUGUCUUAACUUUCUGCUAGCACAGCCUCUUAUUCGACUCCCGGGCCCUGGGUUGUGUUAUAAUCGUUUUAACGAGAUCGUAGCCAUUCGGGGAUCCCCGAAACGUUAUCGGCCUGAAUUCCUGAAUGAUAUACUAAGGACUGGCAAAGGGUCCGUUCAACAACGUAGUUCGCUUGUUGAGGGGAACGCAGUCUGCCCUUAACUCCUAUGAAUUGUUGUCUGCCUUAGAUUCGUCCGCUAUAUGCGAUGAGACGACUUCCAGGCAGUAAUUCAGAAUUAGGUUUCAUCACUCUCACAUCGAGUCCGUAGCAGCUUCAAUGUGAAGCCCAAUGCCCAUGGACCAGACCCAACGUUGCUGAGCAUAAUUCCACUUUUUUCACAAAAUACCAUAAUUUGAAAAUCUUGAUUCAGCUAGUACCGGGUCAUAAACUACUCCGAUUUAGCUGCAUGCAUAGGCCGCAUUGAAGUAGCUUCAGGGGUCUUAGCCGUAAUAUCAGUCAGGCGAGUCGCAUAUCGUCUGCAACACACAGUCCCGUUACCUCUUCCGGAAGUAAGGGGGAAUUGCUUUGCCCAUUGAAACUUUAUAAAUGCCGGAGGAUGUGUUAGAACCUGGUUUCGUUCUUGGGCGGACUGUGACGACCCACCCUCCGCGAGGCCGUCCGAAAGUCGGGGUUGCAUCUAGGUAUCGUUUAGAUAGACUUCCAUCAGAUACCAUUAAUUUCGCAGUUCCCGACUAUACAUUGGCGUGACUUCGCAGAUCAUUCGUCUUUGUCGUUAAAGACUGGCAUCUAUUAAAAAGAAGGCGAAGGCACGAUCACAGGGACAGUGAUCGUGCCUUCGUCUUCUUUUAAACAAGAACCUGGGAUGCGCAUAUUCUCUUCCACUGGCAUCUAUACCUGCGCAUAAUUCUGUUCCCACCUGCAGGGCGGUGUGAGAGCAGCUUCACUCAGAACGCAUCUGGUUCUCACCUCACUACCCCCUUGUCGAAUAAAACCAGUCAUUCGACCAUUUCUUCCAGUGCUUCCAUUGAGUUCCUACGGUCGUGAACUCAGAGGGUAUCAGGUGCCCACACAUCUGUCUUGAAGACAAAAACUGUUCCCCUAGACGGCAUUGCAAAAAGAUUGCCCGAGGCUGGUUUGGCCUGCAUUUUAAGUUAUUUUAAACGUGAGCGGACCUAACGGCCAAGUUCCUAAUCAGCAAUGUCACCGACGCCUCCAGGGAAUUGGAAAUAACGGUGCAGCACUGUUCAGGGGACGUAUGUUUGCUUAGAAUGAAGGGUCCUUUAUAUAAUUUUUUCCUUGAAUUCUAGAUUGUGUUACGACUGGAUGCAGGGAAAGGACAGACCGCCUUCUGGAAGCCUCGUCGAACUGAAAACUGAAGGGGGAAAGACGAGUGCGAUUCCUGUCAAACCGACUUAA